AUGAAGUGCUUUGGUAAGAAGUUAAAAGACUGGAAGGCAAACAAUAAGAAAAAUUAUUAUAAGAACCACUUGAGUUUUGACGAACAAAAGCAUUAUAAAGAUAGUAGAGUAUAUGCUGAUCAGUGGGAACACCUUAUUAAGUAUUGGGCUAUCGAAGAAGUAAAGGCACAAAGUGAUAAAAACAAAGCAAGUCGUGCAGAGCGAAAGUAUAAUCAUACUACUGGAACAAAAAGUUUUCCACGUGUUCGAAAGGAGCAGAAAAAUGAGUUGGGACACUCUCCAACUCGUGCUCACAUGUUUAAAGUAUGUUAUACAAAGGAGACAGGAACUCCUGAGGCAACGAAAGCAAUGAUAGAUGAAAUGAAUGAGAGGACAACCUUAAAUGCAAAUUUAUCAAAUAAGGGCCCAAAUGAUGCAUUUGGACAAGUGAUGGGUAAAGAAAAACAUGGACGAGUUUGCAUGUAUGGAUUAGGUGUCUCCCCGUCUAAUUUAUGGAGAGAUACAUCUGGUCAUAAAGCAAACCAUGACACAACAAUGGAUGUUAUGGAAGCUGAAAAUUCGGAGCUAAGGUCCAAAGUUUCCCAUGUUCAACAUGCUUCGAAUAACUUGACAAACACAUCUAAUCAGGCCACAACAACUUCUACUCCUCUCGACAUGGCAGCUCAACAUCAAGCAUGGUCUUUGUCAUCGAUACAAGAUACUUCUCUUACUCAGGUGAGAGAUAUAAUUGUUCUAAAAACUAUCAUUAGGCCAACAGAAACAGUUGCAAUCGGAGUACUUAAAAGCACAAACGCAUCUAAAGAAGUAGAAGGGGAAGAACUGGGACCUGACUAUUGGGAGGUACAUGUUCAAGUGCCAAUCAAGCCUAGUGAGAGCUUGAUCCGAUCAUAUGGACUUGUCAAAACAAUUGGACAAGCUAUUGGAGCUCAUGUUGCUUGGCCUGCUCCAUUUGUGAUAUAUUUCUUUCGUAAAUACUAA